AUGUCAAUGACAGCUGGGAAUGUAGUAUUUGUGGGAAACAUCCCAUACGAUGCUACUGAAAAACAGAUGGCUGAUAUAUUUCAUCAGAUAGGUACGGUCCGGUCGUUUAAAUUGGUACUUGAUCCGGAGACGAAUCAGCCUAAAGGAUAUGGAUUCUGUGAGUUUCAUGACCCAGAAACAGCUGCUUCAGCUGUGAGGAACUUAAAUAAUUUCCCGUUUGGUGCGAGAAAACUCCGUGUAGAAUUUCCUUCCAACGAUCCUAGAGGUCGGUCAGACUCGUCGAAUGAUGGUAUUCGACAUGCCCCCUCAUCAUUAAUGCACAAUAACCCGACACCCACUCCACCUCCACCUUCUUCUGCUGUCUCGCUUUCCGCUUUGCAAAGUCAAAGUGCAUACCGACCCAUGAAUAUGCCAUCUGCUGCUGCUAUUGUAGCUCCUAAUGGUCUUCCAUCGUCAGCUUCUCUUCCGGCGAAUCCUGCCGCAGCUUCAGCACCAUCGAUUAUUCCGGGACCUGCUGUUGUCUCUGCUCCUGCAACUAUCUCCAAAACGUCUCCCAUAGCGAAAACGUUGUCAGCUUUCCCGGCCAAAGAGCUGCUUGACAUAGUCGAGCAACUAAAAACGGUGGUGCACGUCGCACCAGACGAGGCAAAAAAUCUUUUGAAAGCAACACCGGCUCUUUCAUAUGCAGUGUUUCAAAUACUCUUAUUACUGAACAUGGUUGAUGCACGAGUGCUUCAGCAAGUACUUCAAAAUGCAGCCCAAAAACAACAACGGAAACCGGCUCAAGCUCCGCCACCUACCUCUGAUCCCAGCUACAAUGCACUUGUUAGUCAAUUGAUGUCUUUGACUCCAGCUCAAAUUAAUAUGCUUCCUCCUGAACAACGCAACCAAAUACUAUUGUUGAAACAGCGGUUGCGUCCUCAGUAG